AACGAAGAUCACGCCAUCUUUUGAUGAGUCAUCAUCAACCUUAGAUCCACACCAAACACACAAAAGUGCCCCUCUGUCUAUCUCCCCGGACGAUGAAGAUUCUCGUCGCCGUUAAGCGUGUCGUCGACUACGCCGUCAAGAUCCGUGUCAAACCCGACAAGACCGGCGUAGAUACCCAGAACGUCAAGAUGUCGAUGAACCCGUUCUGCGAGAUCGCGCUCGAGGAAGCUCUUCGGAUCAAAGAAGCUGGGUUCGCCAAAGAGGUCGUCGCAGUGAGCAUCGGCCCUUCGCAGUGCGUUGACACGCUUCGCACUGGUCUUGCCAUGGGCGCGGAUCGAGCGAUCCACGUCGAGGCCAGUUCUAGCUUCCUCCCUUUGUCCAUCGCUAAGAUCCUGAAGAGUCUCGCCGACGUCGAGAAUCCUGGAUUGAUUUUCCUCGGGAAACAGGCAAUAGAUGAUGAUUGCAAUCAAACAGGGCAAAUGGUUGCAGCUUUGCUUGGUUGGCCACAAGCUACUUUUGCAUCUAAGGUUGUGUUGGAUAAGGAUAAGAAGUUUGCAACUGUUGAUAGAGAAGUUGAUGGAGGUCUUGAAACCCUUAGUAUAGAUUUACCCGCUGUGAUCACAACUGAUCUGAGGUUGAACCAACCAAGAUAUGCAACACUCCCCAACAUAAUGAAGGCAAAAUCGAAGCCGAUUAAGAAAAUGACGUUGGAGGAUCUGAAAGUGGACAUUAAAUCAGACAUAGAGAUCGUGGAAGUCACGGAGCCUCCAAAGAGGAAAUCUGGAGUUAUCGUUUCUUCCGUGGAUGAGUUGAUAGAUAAGCUCAAAAAUGAAGCUCAUGUAGUUUGAAGAAACUAACCUUAUAUGUUUGUCUUCAUCAUAUGUGCGACAUGCACACGAUGUCAUUUUUCUUUCUUCUUUAGAUACAUUGCUAUUUCAGGAAUGAAGUAGAAAGUAAAUAAAUAAAGAACGUGCAAAACAGUUUAUUUGGUAA